AUGGUCUUUCCAGAUCCGGAACUCGAAACCUUUGUCUUCAAGACGGCACCGCAAUUAGACGCUGCUUGGCUGGCACAUGAAGAAGAGGCCAAGAAGAAAGGCCCCCCAAGGGUAUUCAGCAGUAUAGAAGAACGGCAACCAAUUUAUGCUCAGGAAUGCCGCGACUUAUAUGCUCAAGUUACGGCGCCUGGAACCCGAGACCAUGAGCUCUCCCAGGGAGUUACGAAGAAAGAGUUCACUAUUCCCUCUUCUGUGGAUGGGCAUCCAAUCCCCGUCCUUCAACUGGACCUUACAGGUGCCGAAGCUGAGGAGCCGGAGAUUAUCGUUAUAUUUUACCACGGCGGCGGCCUGAGGGUUGGCGAGGCGGAUAGCGAAGAACUAUCUUGCAGGCAUAUUGUCAAGUCACGCAUUGCCAGGAUUCGACUUUACUCAGUGGGCUAUCGCCUGCUGCCUCAAAAUCCAGCUACCGUCUGUCUUUCUGACAGCUUGGAUGGAUUUCAUAAAUUCCACAACCCAAAGAUAAGAACCAUCGUUAUCGGAAGCUCGAGUGGUGGACAGAUGGCAUCUGCAGUGGCGCAAGCAGCUCCUCAGGGUGCCAUUCACGGACUUCUACUGAGGUGUCCAGUCACAGCGGACAGAGCCAGUGGCGAGGAAUAUGUACCUGAAAAGUUGCGUCCAUAUCACACAAGCGUGUCUGAAACGUUCAUCACAUCAUUGGGCGGAUAUUUACACCGAAACACACCGAGGGAUGGUCUUGAGAAAUUACCUCUUGAGGUUUCGGAAGACGAGCUGAAGGGACAUCCUCGUACUUGGAUUCAGCUGACUUCAAACGACCCCCUGUACUCGGAUGGGUUAUGCUAUGCCAUGAUUCUUAGGGAAGCAGGUAUCGAUGUCAAGGUUCAGGUGGAGGUGGGCUGGCCGCAUACCUUUUGGCUCAAGGCUCCUCACCUCGAUCAUGCCUUGACCUGCGAGAAACAUAUGCUGGACGGAUUCCGAUGGCUUCUCAAGUAG